AUGGUGAAGUACUCGAGGGAGCCGACCAACCCCACCAAGUCCACCAAGGCCAUGGGCCGUGACCUCCGUGUUCACUUCAAGAACACCCGUGAAACAGCUUUUGCCCUCAGGAAGUUGUCACUCACCAAGGCCAAGAGGUACCUUGAGGAUGUGAUUGCCCACAAGCAGGCCAUCCCGUUCCGCAGGUAUUGUGGUGGUGUUGGGCGUACUGCUCAGGCUAAGUCUCGCCACUCAAAUGGGCAGGGACGCUGGCCUGUCAAGUCUGCUAGAUUCAUUCUAGACCUUCUCAAGAAUGCAGAGAGCAAUGCUGAGGUAAAAGGUCUUGAUGUGGAUACCCUCUAUGUGUCGCACAUUCAAGUGAACCAGGCUCAGAAGCAGCGGCGCAGGACCUACCGCGCUCAUGGACGCAUCAACCCUUACAUGUCCUCCCCGUGCCACAUCGAGCUCAUCUUGUCGGAGAAGGAAGAGCCCGUGAAGAAAGAGGCUGAGUCCCAGAUCGCAACCAGGAAGGCUUAG